AUGGCCACCUACAGAGUCCGAGUGGCCACAGGCAACUUUCUGUGUGGGGGGACCAUGGACUCCAUCGCCGUCACCUUGGUGGGAACUCAGGGGGAAAGUCCCAAGUUCCUGCUGGACAGAUGUGGCAAGGAUUUUUCACCUGGGGCGGUGGACGAAUACGUGGUUCAAAGUGAGCAAGAAUUGGGACCCAUCCUGCUGGUCCGGCUGCACAAGGAGCGCUACAGCAUCUUCCCCCAGACCAGCUGGAACUGCAGCUUUGUAGAGGUGGCAGGUCCCCAGGAAGAAAUUUACCGUUUCCCUUGCUACCAAUGGAUUGUGGGAUAUAAUACACUGGAGCUGAGAGAAGGAGCAGCCAAAACCAUCCGCAAGGAUGCUGAUAACCAGUUGCUUUUACGGCACCGGAAAGAGGAGCUCAGAGCCAAGCAGCAGGCCUACAGAUAUAAAGAAUUUCAGCCAGGCUGGCCAAAGUGCCUGGACGUGGACACUGUUGAUAAUUUGCAUCCCAACGACCAAUAUUCCCGCACAAAGACCAGCACCUUAGAGUUUUCGGUUGUUCCUUCAGAAGUUGAGCUGAAGUUGAAAGGCUUAUUGGACUGUAAGAAAUCUUGGAGCAAACUUGAUGAUGUCAGAAGGGCCUUUUGGUUCUACCGAUCACCAGCGUCAGAAUAUGUCAGCAUGCAUUGGGAUGAAGAUGCUUUCUUUGGCUACCAGUAUCUCAACGGAGUCAACCCCAUAAUUAUCCAGAAGUGCACUGAGAUUCCAGCCAAAUUCCCCGUCACUCACGAGAUGGUGGCAGAAUUCUUGGAGAAGCACACGACCCUCGACAAAGAGUUGACGAAAGGCAACCUGUUCCUAAUUGACUGUCAGAUUCUGGAAGGCACCCCAACCACAAAACUGAAUGGACACCACCAACACAUCGCUGCCCCCCUUUGCCUCCUGUACCUCAAUCCUCAGGGGGAAAUCGUACCCAUCGCUAUUCAGCUCACUCAGCAACCCGGACCAGACAGCCCGAUCUUCUUACCCAGCGACUCAAAGUGGGACUGGGCAUUGGCUAAAUUUUGGGUGCGGAACAGCACCUUCCACAUCCACGAAGUCCUCACUCAUUUGCUUUACACACACCUGCUGGCGGAAGUGUUCACUCUGGCCACCAUUCGGCAGCUGCCCAUGUGCCAUCCUCUGUACAAGCUGUUGAUUCCACAUACCCGAUAUACGCUCCACAUCAACGUUCUUGGACGGGUUCGCCUCUUUGGCCCAGGCGGGCUCAUCGAUGAGGCCACCGCCACGGGCUUCCACGGUCUAUCGCACCUGCUGGCGAAGGGUCUCUCAUCCUUGACUUAUUCCACCCUCUGCCUCCCCGAUGACCUCAGGGACAGGGGGGUGGAAUCACUGCCCAACUACCACUACAAGGAGGACGGCAUGAAGCUCUGGGAUGCUAUCCACAGCUUCGUGUCUGGAAUUGUCGGUCUGUAUUACCCGGAAGAUAUUUCCGUGAGGGAAGACUCUGAACUCCAGGCCUGGGUAGCCGAGAUUUUUGACAAAGGCUUGCUUGGGCGAGAGUCCUCUGGUUUCCCUUCACAUCUGGAGACUAUCACGGAGCUAACCAAGUACCUCACCAUGGUAAUAUUCACUGGCUCUAUCCGCCAUGCCAGCGUCAACAAUGGCCAGUUUGACUUUGGGGCCUGGAUGCCCAACUACCCCUCGUCCAUGCGAAAGCCACCGCCCAAGACCAAGGACAGUGCAACUUUUGGAAGCAUCCUGGAGACCUUGCCAGACGUCAGCACAACCUGCAGGUCUUUGCUAAUCCUCUGGCUUCUCAGCAAAGAACCAGGGGACAGGAGGCCCUUGGGUUGCUACCCUGCUGAACAUUUCACGGAGGAGGGACCAAAGCAAAUCAUUGCAACUUUUCAGAAUCGCCUGGCCCAGAUCUCCAAAGAAAUCGAGGAGAGGAACCGGCACUUACCCCUCCCCUACAAUUACCUUAACCCUCCAGAAAUAGAGAACAGCACGUCCAUCUAAUCCGGUAGACCCCCAGCCUGCUCCACAAAGAGGGUCUGUGAAGUCUGGGA